AUGACACAUAAAAAUGUACAAGAUACUGAUGAAAAUCACUUAGUUUCAUUCAUACCGACAAUAGUAACACAUAAACAACAACAAGUACAACAGAAUCAAAUGAAGAAAAAGAAAUGUCGUGGCAAUCGAAAAAGACAACGUUAUCGACGACAACUUUAUAAUCAAGGUUUCGAUUCAGAUACAGUGGCAAAAUUAGUUGAAGAAAAGUUCCAUCCUCAAGUACAACAACAAAAUGAUAAAGAAGUAAUGGAAGAAUAUGAUUUAAAAAAUAUUGAAGUUUCUAUGAGCUUGAACCAAGUGAUAAAGUCACAAAUAAAUAACGUUAAUAAUAAUGCUGGUAUGGAAAUGGGAACUAAACGAAAAAGAAUUUUAUUAACACCCACACCAACAUCAGAAACAAUAUCAAUACUUGAUAAACCAAUAAGUCAAUUAUCAAUAUCACAAGCAGGUGCUAAGAAAACCAAAACAACAACAGCUGAAGCAACAUCGAUACUUGAUAAAUCUUUUAGUCAAUUAUCAAUAUCACAAGAAAAUGCUAAGAAAACCAAACCAACAACAACAACUGCAACAGCAUUUGUAAAUGAUGAAAUUAGCAGUGGUAAUAAUGAAUCAAAAAUGAAUUAUUUAGAAAAUUUUAAACCACGUUAUUUAAAAGUAUCUGAUCGAAUAUUUAAACGAAUGUUAGCUGAAAGUAUUGAAAAUGCUUCCAAAUUAGUUCAAUGUUUAAAUACUCCUGAAAAACUUUAUGCUGCUCGUGAAAUAACUGAAAUUACCAAUAAUUUAUAUCAUAAAGAUUUUCAAGAAAGAUUAUGGCAAGAAUAUUACAAUAUAAGUUCUCAAGACAUACAUUGGGAAUCAAAGAUAACAAAACAAUUUGCUCGUCAAAACAGUCUACAUCAAAUAU